ACGGCGCAACAGUUAGUCCCUUUAGCUUCACUGGAAAUACUUAGAUACCAACAACACUUUUGUUAGCUGUAAGCAAGCUAUAUAUAGCUAGCAAAAUAGGAUACUGAAAAGACUGGCAGUGGCUGCCAACAAUGCAACGUUUCUCAAAGGGUGGAGCAAAACUGGAAAAUGUAUUCGAAAGAGCAAAGUAACAUGUAUGAAUAACUUUAUUUUAACUCGCAACUACUAGCUAUGAGAACAGCUAACGUUAGCAAAGAAUUCCAGAAGAACUAACGUUAGCUAGCUAAAUACCUAAGACAUGGCUACCACCAGGGAAAUACAAUACCGAAGCCCCACAGCGAGUAUCAAGCAGGAGCAGGACGAUGACUCGGACACCGAGGAGUCUCAUAUUGGUUUCAAGAAGUCAGAUGGACGCGAGUCGCAGAUAAUCCACAGUGGUCACUUCAUGGUGUCCUCGCCGCACAUUGAACACCCACCAAGAAAAGGUUACGAUUUCGACACAGUCAACAAACAAACCUGUCGGACGUAUCACUUCGGGAAGAAGUGUACAUCACAUCUCUCCAUUGACGCGUCGUUGACAAAACUUUUCGAAUGCAUGACCCUUGCAUACAGCGGCAAGUUGGUGUCGCCAAAAUGGAAGAACUUCAAAGGCCUGAAGUUGCUGUGGAGAGACAAGAUCCGGCUCAACAAUGCUAUCUGGAGGGCCUGGUACAUGCAAUAUGUGGAGAAGCGAGAGAACCCUGUCUGCCAUUUUGUUACUCCUCUGGAUGGGACCGUGGACAUGGAGGACCAUCGUCCGGCAGAGGCAAUAGCCACAGAGGGGAAAUAUUGGAAAAGAAGAAUUGAAAUUGUAAUUCGAGAGUAUCACAAGUGGAGGACAUAUUUCAAGAAAAGGUUACAGAAGCACAAGGAUGACGAUCUCUCAAGCCUUCUCAAGGGGCCGGAAGAACAGUUUUCGCUGUUUGGGGAUGUCUUUCCAGACACCUUCCGUGUGUCCCUUUAUCAGGAUGAGGAAAUGGCUGGGCGCCGCAUUGCUCGCAAGAGCCGUGAGUCACCCGUCCCCAUGGAGAUGGACCCACUCUUUGACAUGGACGUGCUGAUGUCAGAGUUUUCUGACACACUCUUCUCCACGCUGGCCUCCCACCAGCCCAUGGCCUGGCCCAAUCCCAGGGAAAUAGCUCAUGCAGGGAACGCAGACAUGAUCCAGCCUGGACUCAUCCCCCUACAGCCCAACCUGGACUUUAUGGACUCCUAUGAGCAAUUACAAGACUUAUUUCACAGCCUCCGUCAGCCCAUCUUCCCCUCUGCUUCCCUCACUGCCUCAUCCGCCACUCCUCUACCCAGCAGUAGCUCUCAAUCCCAGGGCCAGCUUCUCUCCUCCAUGCACCUCUCAGCUGACCUCCCGUCCGUCAGUCAUGACCACAGACUCAUCGCCUCCCCAGCCCCCCCUGACUAUCUCCUCCUCAUGUCCAAUCAAACCAGUGGAAGCCCCUCUUACGUACAGAACUACAUGCCUCUGUUCUCUGGGCCUGUGCCCCCUAACCUGCCAGGGUGCUGCCACCCCAACACUAGUAGCCCCCCCCCACCCCUAGACGAUGCCACAAGCCUGGACGGUUCCCCGCCCUCAUCUGUCAUCACACAUACAACCACCUCCACUGUUCUACCCAGUGAUGCUGCCACCACCUUCAAUCACAGCUCUGACUUCAGCUCCCUAAACCGGGAACCUCCACCACCACCCCGCCAGCCCCUGCCACCCUCACCUGCCGCCACCCCACAACACCCCCAGACCUUCGCCCUGCCCAGACCCAUCCAGCCUUCUUGCUCCAACAAAAAGACACGCCGUGUGCAAAGGAUUGUUCCUGCCAUCUCCUCGUCUCACCUCAUCCUAACAGCACCCUUCCCAGGGCAUACCAGUGCAGUGAUUGUUACUCCAACCCCCCUGAAAGCAGAUGUGGUUCCCUCAACGGGCGUGAUCAUCGGCUCCUCCAGCCUAUCAAGGGCUCCUGGAUUUCACAUCCUUCCACAGACUCUGAAGUCUCCCCAGCUCAUUAUCCCUAAAGAGGAGACCUACUCUUCCAGCCGCAAGAAACAAGAAACCUCCACAAGUACUGGGCAUGAGGACCGUAGCUCAGGUCAGGGGUCACUGUGUGGGUCAGAGCAGGUCUCCAGUCCUCAGUCUCCACACAGCAGCUGCAUUGCCCUUUCCAAGAACGAGUCCAACCAGAGCCGUAGGGUGACCCAUAUCACUGCUGAACAGAAGAGGCGCUUCAACAUCAACAUUGGCUUCAAAAUGCUGUGCGGCCUGAUUCCUGCUCUCAAGUCCCAGUCCAAUAUCAGUAAUGCAGUCACGCUGCAGAAGACAGUGGAAUACAUUAGGAAGCUGCAGCAGGAGAGGCAGCAGAUGCAGGAGGAGACCAAAAGGCUACGGGAGGAGAUUGAGGAGGUCAAUGCCUCCAUAAAUGUGUGUCAGGAGCAGCUGCCUGCUACAGGUGUACCCAUCACACGCCACCGAUUCGACCACAUGCGGGAGAAGUUUGAUGAGUACGUGAAGAGCCGCACACUUCAGAACUGGAAGUUUUGGAUCUUCAGCAUCAUUAUUAAACCCCUAUUUGAGUCCUUCAAUGGGACUGUCUCCACCACAAGCAAAGGGGAGCUGUGUGAGACCACACUGCAAUGGCUGGACCGUCACUGCUCCCUCCAUGUGCUGAGGCCCAUGGUACUGAGCACUCUCCGACAGUUCAGCACGAGCACAUCCAUCCUUACUGACCCCACCCUUCUGCCUGAGGAAGCCACCCAGGCUGUCACCAACACCCACAGUCACUUUGCAGACUCCUAGCCGCACCUCCAGGGGAGGGGAAGAGUGAUUCAGAUAGAGUGCAUGGUCAUAGUACCCUCUAGUACAGCACUCCACAGAGGGUCUCUACCACAAAGUACUCUAACCUCUCCAGAUUGAAAAGACCUUGAAACUACAGAAUGGAAAAGUACCAGCACUAGUUUGCCGUAAAGGUAAACCAAAGAAGUUACUCUGUCUUCCACCCUAUCCAUUACCAUUUAGAACAGGACAUGAAGUUUGUGGUCUUUGUAUACGUGACCUCAUCCAGCUUACUGACCUCUCAUUCCUACACAUCGCCUGGGCUUUGCGGUCAACAACCCAAGCUCGGUGAAUUACUUUGGAUGAUCAAUACACACCACACACAGAACAACAUUUGCAGCAUAUUAUGAACCCAGCAAUAACAUUGCUCUUUGUUAAUGUAACUCGCCACACUGUUAAUGGUGGAACUCCCAAUUAGUUUUAAGGCUUGAGGUGCCUUCAGAAAGUAUUCACACCCCUUGACUUUUUCCACAUUUUGUUGUAUUAUAGCCUGAAUUUAAAAUGGAUUAAAUGUAGUUUUUUUGUCACUGGCCUACGCACAGUACCCCAUAAUGUAAAAGUAUAUAUAUAUAUUUUUUUUUUAAAUAAAAUUACAAAUUAAUUCAAAAUGAAAAGCUAAAAUGUCUACAGUCAAUAAGUAUUCAAUCCUUUUGUUAUGGCAAGUCUAAAUAUAUUCAGGAGUAAAUAUUUGCACAUAAGUUGUAUUGACUCACUCUGUGUGCAAUAAUAGUGUUUAACAGGACUAACUCAUCUCUGUACCCCACACAUACAAUUAUCUGUAUGGUCCCUCAAUCAAACAGUGAAUUUCAAACACAGAUUCAACCAGAAAGAUCAGGGAGGUUUUCCAAUGGCUUGCAAAGGAGGGCACCUAUUGGUAUAUUCGUAAAAAAAUACAAAUAAAAAAAAGGCGUUCUUCCUAAUUCAGUAGCCGGAGAGGAAUGAAAUCAAGCUCUCAUGGUUACAGAGAUUAAUGGCUGGGAUAGGAGAGAACUGAGGAUGGAUCAACAACAUUGUAGUUACUCCACAAUGCUAACGUAAUUAGAGCGAAAAGAAGGAAGCCUGUACAGAAUUGUAUUUUCUUCUCCAAAACAGGCAUUCUGUUUGCAACACGGCACUAAAGUAAUACUGUAAAACAAUGAUGCAAAGCAAUUAACUUUUUGUCCUGAAUACAAUGUGUUAUGUUUGGGGGAAAUCCAAUUCAACACAUUACAGAGUAUCACUCUCUCUAUAUUUGCAAGCAUAGUGGCUGCAUCAUGUUAUGGGUAUUGUUAGGUUCUGAACAAAGAGUAAAAACUCAAACGGAUGACUAGGAAAAGCUCAAACCAAGUUAUUCCCCCACUGGGUGAAACAACUGCAAAGGCAAAGGACGUGUUUACACAAGCACAUAUAUUUAUACCCUUCUACUAGGCUGAGUCAACUCCUUGCACAUCUAAACAGCCAAUACAUCUAUUUUGCAAGUCCGGAGUUAAUUGGUUCCUCUCACUGGUGUGGUCAUGGCCCCGCCUCCUGCUAGAACCUUCAUGGGCAUGGAAGUAUAAUGUUUGUAUCAUGACUGUUCCUUGUCACUUCAUCUGACCCGACCUCGGGACAAAUUCCUCACUCCUCACUCCUCCCUACUCCACGGCUGUCCUACCUUAUCAGUGACUGAAACCAGACUGUUGCAGUUUGCUUCUCUCUUUAGGAGCCAUGAGAUUUAACAAUACCAUGUUUUGAGAAUGUAAACUUUCUGCACUCCCCCUUCCUCACUCAGUAACUUUCCAUACACCUAGUUCUUACACUCUCUAUAGACCCAAACUUAUGCAUUCCUUAUACAUGUAAAGUAAUCAAUAAGUUAUAGUAUGGUAACAUUAAUAAGUUUAUUUUAAACUAGAAUCCAACAUUAUGCUUGUAAUCAUUAAGGACUGGGGAGUUUUUCAGGUUAAAAAAGAAACGGAAUGUAGCUAAGCACAGGCAAAAUCAUAGAGGAAAACCUGGUUCAGUCUGCUUUCCAACAGACACUGGGAG